CGAGGCCGUUUCGCUGAGUGCUGGGCAGAGAGGUUUUUGUUGAAGCAAUGUCCAUGGGUGAGUAGCUUGCCGCCAUCACCACCACUACCACCAUCUCCAUCGUUGCUGCCACCGCCACACAAGAGCAAUGCCUCUUCCGAGACGCCGAUCCUCCUUCCUGGGCCAGUCAGCCACCGAGCGGCCGGGUGGCUUAGGCCGAGUGACUGUGGGGAGCACCAGCGCACCACGGGGUGUGUUCGUGGGCACGGCCCCCACCGGCGGCACCGGCGGCUGCCUGGGCGCGCGCGUCUCCCGCCGGGCUCUGGGCAUCAGCAGCGUCUUCCUGCAGGGCCUGAGGAGUACCAGCGCGCCCGUGGUGCCCCAGCCUGGCGAGCGAGGCCACCAGCCCAGCUUCGACAGCCUCAACGGGUGCCUGCUGGAGUACCGCGACAAGGUCCGCGCGCUGGAGCAGCUCAACCAGCAGCUGGAGGAGCAGAUCAGGAACUGCCUGGACCGCAAGGCGUCCAGCGCGGGGGCUUGGGCGACCCUGCGGGAGGACUGGGAGGAUGUCUCUACACAGGUCAGCGAGGCCAUCCUGGACAACGCCCGGCUCAUGCUCCAGACCGAGAAUGUGCAGGCCAAUGGUGAAGACUUCAAAGACAGAUAUGAAAAUGAGCAGCCCUUCCGUAAAGCAGUGGAAGAGGAGAUUAACUCUCUGUAUAAAGUGAUCGACGAUGCUAAUCUGACAAGGAUGGACCUGGAAAACCAGAUUGACUGCAUGAAGAUUGAGUUGAGAGAUAUAGCCAGGAACCAUGAGGAGGAUGUGAGGGUGUUGUACAAUCAGAUGGCUGGCCGGGAGGUGGAUGAGCCCGAUGCUCCCAUCGAAACUAAUCUGGACCAAAUCCUCAGCUACAUCCGCACCCACUGGGAGAAGGUUAUCGAGAAAAACCGGGCCGAGACCGAUGCUUACCUGGAAUGCAAGCAGGCUGACAGCUUAAACAGCAAGCUGAGCAGGGAGGAGGAAGAGAUGGAGGGUCUGAAGUCAGAGUGCAACGACGCCGGUUGUAAGAUCCAGAGCCUGCAGGCCGAGACCGAGUCCAUGAGAGCACUGAAACGUGGCCUGGAGAACUCCCUGAAUGAUGCCAAGCACUGGCAUGACAUCGAGCUGCAGAACCUGGGCUCGGUCAUCGGGAAGCUGGAGUCCGAGCUCGCCGACGUGAGGGCCGACAUUGAGCAGCAGCGCCGUGACUACGACACGCUGCUUAGCAACAAGAUGAAACUCGAGAAGGAGAUCGGGACCUAUCAUGGAAUUCUUGAUGGGGAGGAGAGUCGAUUCCAUCCAGGAAUGUGUUUUGGAGGUUAUGCUGAUCCUGAGGGUGUGUCCCCUCCCCAAGCUUCCUCAUCAGACCCCCCCAGCAAACCCCGCUCUGAUGACAUGAUUUUCUCUUCAGGGAGAGAUGUUUCUAGCUGCACCCCAGCCAAAGACCCAAAGAACUGAGAUUGAGUUCCCGUUGUGUGGCUUUCUCCACUUAUCUACAUCUGUGCAAGGAGUACAAACCCGAUCUCCACCGACCAGCAAGGGUUCUACUCUUCAAGCCACCGAUUUCAUUGAAGCAUUUGAGGGUGAAUGAAAAUUCCAAAUAAAAUUCUGAAAAUCCA